AUGACAAAGAAUAUUGAGACAACCAUCAACUUCGUUCCUGCAAACCUCCCCGUGAAGGUAAUGAGCGGGACUGCAGAUUUCUAUGGCUAUGCAAGCAACAAACAACCCUUGACUGUUCAUGAUGCCCGUGGAAAAAUGGAUGACUUCAGUUUGUCCCAAAACGGAUUCCAAUACGUUAGCCAUCCCAGUGCGUAUAUCCCGAUAUCAGACCCGACAAAGAUUAAAUCGCAUUUGUACGCGGAAGUCGCCAAUCUGUUGAAGAGCACCCUUUCUCCUCAACCAAGUUAUGUAAAGGUAGCAUCUAACACGAUCCGCUCCUCCCUCACCGACCUGAACAGCGAAUAUACGGGCACGCCUGGACCUGCAAGAACAGCACAUCUAGAUCAUACUCCUUCGGGAGCGAAGAAGUAUCUCUACGAGAAGCUGCCGCAAGAUGAUGCCUCCCGGCUUUCUCAGACACGAUGGGCAAUCAUAAACGUGUGGCGCCCACUUAAGACUAUUCAUCGAGAUCCUCUCGGUGUUUGCGAUGGGAGUACACUUGAGCCAGGGGAUUUGUUGCCAAUUCAGAUGGAUUAUUCUAACAGCGUGCGAGCCAAAGCCCUUGGUGGGGAGAAAGGAUUAAAGACGACGGUGGGAUGGGAGAUUACGAUGGCGAAGUACAGUCCUGGUCAGAGGUGGGGGCUGGAUGAAGGGCGUGUGGCAGUGCAUGCGUCUUUUGAGGACCGCGACGCGAAAGAAGACGAGGCCAGGGAGAGCACCGAAUUCAGGUGUUUGGUCUUUUGGGAAGAUCAGCCGUUGGUCGUUUAA